AUGGGAGAAGAAAAAAAUAAAAUGCCUAUAAAAUCAGAUAUGAAUCAAAGUAUAAAAAUAUCAAUUCAAGAAAAUGAUAAAAUAAUAAAUAAUGAAUUAGAAAAAAGUUAUAAUAAUAUGGAUAAAUUAAAAGAAAUGUCUAGUCAAGAAUUUGAACAAUUAUUAAAUAGUGAUGAUUAUUGUAAAAAUUUAAUUCAAAUAAAAAGUGGAAUUGAAAAAAGAGAUAGAUCAUCUGUAUAUUCAAAUGUUAGUUUAUUAAAUGAUGAUUAUUUUUUAAGAGAUGAUUUAAAUAUAAAUAAUAGUAAUAAAAAAAAUAGUAUAAUUGGAAAUAAUAAUGGUAGACAUUCAUCUGUUUUUAAUUUGAGUGUUACAGAAGAUAAUACAAAAGUGUUUCCAAGCAAUUUUGAAUAUAAAUAUAAUGACAAUUUUAAUGGAUCAUUAUCACAAAGCGAAUUUCCUUAUGAUAGUGAUUUGAUAACUCCUUCCCCUUCUAAAAAUAAAAUUGAUGAAGAAGAAAAUUAUAAUAUAAAAAAUGUGAAAUUUUCUGAACGUUCAGAAAAAAGAAAUCAAUCUAUUGAUAUUUUAGAUGCACAAUUUAAUAAUUUGAAAAAUGAUUUUUUUUUAAAUGAUAAUCAAAAUAAUGAAAAUGAAUAUGGAGAAAAAUAUUGUGAAGAAAAAGGAGAUGAGUAUUAUUUGGGAGAAUAUACAAGCGAUUCUGAAUAUUUAAGAUGUUCUAAAAAUAAAAAAAACAAUAUAGAAAUUUUAAUGAAUUAUGGUAAUGAUGAUUCGUUAAAUAAUAGCAAAACAUCUAAUAAUAGUUUUAGUUUAUGGGAAAAUAAAAUAAAUUCAACAAGAAAAAUCAAAAUAAAUAAUGAAACUCCGAAAAAAGGAAUAUUAAAACAAAGUAAUUCUAUAAGUCCAAUAAAAGAAUUAAAAGAUAAUAGUCAAAAUAAUAACAACACAUUUAAUUCUCGAAAAAAGUCAGUACAAUUUUCUCAUAGAUCUAUAGCUAUAUUUGAUGAUAAAGAAAAAAUAUCUCCUUUACAUCUAACACAUUUUACAAGAAUUUCUAGUGAUUCUAAUGUGUCAGAUGCAAAAAGAAAAAGUAUGUCAAAUUGUUCACUAGGAAAUCAAAAUGAUUUAAAUAAAAAUAAUGAUUUUCUAAAAGAUAAUGAUAAAUCGCCAAUUGAUAAACUUUUAUAUAAAUAUGAUUUAAAUAAUAGUAUAAAUGCAUCUAAUAAUAAAAAAAAGAGAAGUAAUAUUGAAUUUUUAAAUAACAGUGAUAUAAAUUCAGUGCGAUCAAUGUCUCCUGAACCCGUUAGAUUUAAACCCAAAACUUCUGAAGAUUUAAUUGAAUCAGUAAGGUUAUCACCUUUAAAAAAAAAAUUAAAGGAAAGUUAUUUAAAUGAAAAUAUACAAAAUGAUGAUGAAGAAUUUUUAAGAAAGUUAUUAAAUACGAGUAAUGGAAAUGCAGAAAAUUUCAAAAGUAGUUUGAAUUUUUCAGAAAAUCAUAAGAAUAAUUUGAACUUUUCAGAAAAUGGAAAUGAUAUGGAUAGACAAGAAGAAGGAAUUUCAAAUGUAUGCAACGAUUCUGAGAAUAACAAAAUGGAAAAGAUUCUUCAAAGUUCAAACACGAAUUAUGAAAAUAAUUAUGAGAAAUGUGAAAUCGAAGGGGGAAAUAAAAUUGGAAAGAAUGAUGAAAAGGAAAAAGAUGAAAUAGAUGAAGAUAAUAGUUCUUUUAAAGAUGCUCUCGAACCCAAUGAUGAAAACGAGUUUGAUAUUCAACAUUCAUAUAAAAAUGGAGAAGAUAAAACAUAUAAUAAAAUAACAGAAUAUGGAAAAAAUGAAAAUUCAAUCAAACAAAAUAUAAAUUUUGAAUUAAAAAAUUCAAAUAAUACAAAUUUAAAUGUAGAUUGGAAAACAAGAGGUGAUAGAAAAACUAUAAAUAUUAUUGAAAGGAAUAAAAGAUAUAACAAUGAUUCGAUUUCAGAAUCAGAAAAUAAUGUUGGAAAUAAAAGAUACAGAGCUAGUUAUAAUAUUAACAUUAGAAAUAAUAAUUUUUCAAAUAGUGCCAAUCAUAAUGAAAUCUUUAAAAAACAAAUUCCUUUUCAAUCUUAUAAUAAUAUUCAAAAUUAUGAUUAUAAUAUAUAUCAUCAAAAUGAAAAAACGAAUGUCAAUAAAUCUGGAAAUCUUGAUUUUGAAUUUGACAAAGAGAGGGUUGACAAACCAGACUUUUCUGCAAAUGUGGAAAACGAAAAUGAGGAAAACGAAAAUGAAGAAAACGAAAAUGGAGGUGAAGGGGACGAGAAAAUGUUCUAUUCACUCAAUCGGGAUCAAAUGGAAUGCAUCGAAAAGGAAAAUGAAUAUAAUGAUAAAAAUGACGAAUAUGAUAAAAAUGACGAAUAUGAUAAAAAUGACGAAUAUGAUAAAAAUGACGAAUAUGAUAAAAAUGACGAAUAUGAUAAAAAUGACGAAUAUGAUAAAAAUGGCGAAUAUGAUAAAAAUGGCGAAUAUGAUAAAAAUGACGAAUAUGAUAAAAAUGACGAAUAUGAUAAAAAUGACGAAUAUGAUAAAAAUGACGAAUAUGAUAAAAAUGACGAAUAUGAUAAAAAUGGCGAUUUUGAAAAAAAUGACGAAUAUGAUAAAAAUGGCGAUUUUGAAAAAAAUGACGAAUAUGAUAAAAAUGACGAUAACGAGCUGAGGGAAUGGACAAGAAAUGUGAAUUCAAAUAUGAGCAAUAUAGAAAAUGAAGAAGAUAAAUUUUAUCAAGAAAAUGAAAAAAAUGAGAAGGGAAAUAAUGUGAAUUUUGAAGAAAUUGAAAAAAGACAAAAUGAAGAAAAUAUGAUUCUAAAAAAAAAAUUAGGAGAAAAUUUAAAAAAAAAACAAGAAAUGAUAAAAGAAACAACCCUAAAUAUUAUUCGUCGGUGUAGAGUAUAUUCAUUAAAACAAGUAAGUAAUGAAAAAAAUAAUAUUUCCAAAUUAAUUAAAUUGUAUGAACAUAUACGAAAUAUAAUAUUUCAAUUUAUAAAUAAAAUAAAUAAUUUAAAUAAUAUAAGUAUACAUUUAGAUGAUGCAAUAUUGAAAUAUGAAGUUGUUCAAUUAAAUUAUGGUAAAACAAAAAAAGCUAUAGAUGCACUAAAAAAAUAUAAUUCUAAACUUAUGAAAAAAAUUGAUGAAAAAAAAAAUAUAUUGGAUAAACAAACUAAUGUGUUAGAUAAUAAAAGUAAAAAAAUGGACGAAUUAAAUAAAAAAUUAAAUAAUUUAAAAAUAUUAUAUGAUAAUGGAUCUACAAGAAAACAUGAAGUUGAGUUAAUAAAAAUGUAUAAAACAAAAUUAGAAGAAUUAAAAAAAAUAGAAAUUGUUAAAGGAAUUAUAAUAAAAAACUUUAAUAAAUAUGGUAUUAUUUUUGAAUUAUUAAAUUUUAGUUAUUAUAAAUUUUCAUCUUUAUAUGAAUAUAAUGAAGCAAAAAUUAAUUCCCUUUUUUCCAAAGAAAGUUUAGAUAUACCCAUAGGGAAUAAUAAUGGAAUAGUUCCAAAUACAAUAAUAAAUGAUAUUAAAAUGGAUGAUAUUGAAAAAGAUAUGUCUAUUCAGGAUAGGAACCAAAAAAAAGAUACAAUUUUGAAAAAUAAAAAUGGAGAAUAUUCAGGAGGUAUUGAAACAAAUAGAGAUGUAAAAGAAUGUGUAAAUGAAAAAGAAAAAAAAAAUUCAAAUAAUGAUGGAAUUGAUGAUUUGCCAUUUUCCAAUGAAAUAUAUAUAGAAAAAAGGAAAAAUGGAGAUAAUUUUUUGGAUAUAAAAAAAGAAAAUUUUGUAUUUGAAAAAAAUAGUUGUGAUAUAUAUGAACUUUAUCAAAAAGAAUAUAAAUUAAGAUAUUUACUUAAAAAAGGAAAUAAAAAAAAAGCGAUUUUUAUGAAUAAAAUAGAAGAACAAGAUUUAAAUAAUGAAUGGCCAUAUAACAUUACAAUAGACAUAAUUUUUGCAAAUAUAUCAAAACCUAAUGAAGAAAUAGAAAAUAUUAAUACAUAUUCACCUUUAAAAAUAAAAAAUUUUAAACAUCUAAUAUCCAACAAGAUGCAUUUGCACGAUUCACAUAAUGAAAAAAAUAAUAUAAUUGUAGAUAAUGUAAAUGCUGAUAAUAAUAAAUAUUUAGGUUUAUUUAGACCUUAUAAAAUUUUAAUUGAUUCAUUUAAAACUUUUAAAGAAAUAAAAAUAACAACUUAUUACAAAUAUAUAAAUAAUAAAAAUAUUUAUUAUCAUAUAUGGAAUAAAACACAUAACAAAGAAAGAUAUACAAUUAAUAUUAACACAAUAAAUAAUAAUGCCUAUACAGAUUCAAAUAAUAAUAUAAAAAAUAAUAAAAAUAUUAAUAAUACAAAAAUUGAUUCUUAUUAUAAUUUAAAAAAUAAUAUUGAAAAACAUUCACAUAAUUAUGAUAGUAAAUUUAUUGGAAUUGAGUGGAAAAUUCAAUUAGAAAUUUUAAAAUAUAAAUUAUUGGAAGUUAUAAAUAAAAAACUUCAAAAAUAUACAAAUGAUGGUCGGGGAAUAGGCACUAUGAAUACAUCUAAUAAUUUGAAUAAUCAAAAUAUUUUAGGAAACAAUUCAAAUGAUUCUAAUAAUAUUAAACCAAACAAAGAAGCUUUGAAAUAUCUUGUAGAAGAAGCAGAAUAUUGUUUUGUAAUUAUAAAUCAUCUAUUAUAUCAAUAUAAAAAACUUUUGCAAUGUUUUAUAUAUUUGUCAAAUACAUAUUUCGAUUAUUAUCAAAACAUUGUUAUCUUUAAAACCAUUCUAUUGUCGAAUAACCCCGAUACUCCAUCUCUUUGGCUGUACUUAUAUCUAAAUGUAGAGGAAUGCUUUUCUUUCGCGUCAUUGCUACAUGGAAUUGUCGAAAUGAAAGUGGAGAGUGUACAUGAUGAAGAUAAAUAUAAUGAAAUUUGUAAAAUAAUUAAUAAUAAUAUUAUGAAAAAGUUGGAACAAUGUAUUUUUGCUCUAAAAUCAAAGCCAAUAGAUAUAUCAGAGCGAGUAAAUUCAUACAAUUUAGCUGAUAUUAUUUAUACAAUCGUAUUAAAUGAAAACUACAACUUCCACACAUAUCAAAAUAGUAUAGAAGAAAAUUUAAGAAAUAUUGGAUCGUGUAAUAAUUUAAUAAAUGAGAUAAAAAAUAAAAGUAUAGUUAUCCCAAUUGAUUUUAAAAGAGCUGAAGAAAAUUUUUCUGAAUAA